GGAAGCACUCUCAUUCUGCAAAAAGUUUGAUUUUAACAUGACGAACGUUUUGACCGUGGCGUUGCGAUUUUCAAUAUUUUUGCUUAUCAUAGGAUGUACUGAAGCUAAGAGGUUUGCCAUAAUCGCUCCCAAUGUGUUUCACGUUGGGGUCGAGGAGAACGUUUCAGUUGCGGUUUACGAUGCCAUGCAGCCCGUAACAGUGAAGUUAUAUCUGCAGGACUAUCCAUUCAGGCGGAAAACAUUCUCCCCAAACCAAGUUACACUACAACCAGGAAAAGGGAGCACCUCUCUCCUCACAGUCAAGGUGGAACCGGGGAACCUUCCAGAUAUCAAGUCGGUAGAUAUGCGGUAUGUUUACUUCGUCGCCAAGUCAGAUGACGGUCAUUUUCAGUUCCACAAAGAGGUAAAGAUCCUGCUCAGCUUCAAGAAUGGAAUAGUGUUCAUACAGACGGACAAACCUAUUUACACACCAAAACAGAAAGUUCAUAUCAGGGUGUUACCGCUCCAGUUUAACAUGAUGCCCUCCGGAAAAAAUAUAACUUUGAUGGUCCUGAAUCCACAGGGAGUCAAAGUAAGGCAGUGGAAGGACCUUGAAACUAGCACAGGUAUUAUAUCAGAAGAAUUUUCAUUAAGCAAUUUCAUCAUCUUGGGUAACUGGACAGUAACAGCUACAUACGGUCAUCAGAAUAUUUAUAACACAUCUGUGCAAUUCGAAGUUAAAGAAUACGUUCUUCCCAAGUUCUCCGUGAAACUCCAGGUGCCGCCUUACAUACUGAAAACAGACAAAGACGUAGGGGUCCAGCUAAAGGCCAGUUACACUUAUGGAAAGCCGGUUGUCGGGUCUGCGAAUGUCUAUUUGAGCAUUGCUUUGAAAGGAAAGGUUAUUCCGAUUGCUACUCAUCUAGUAUUGCUUGACAAAGGCACUGCUACAGUGGAAGAAAGGGUGAAUUUUAUUAAAAAUGUGGCCGGAGAAAUCUGGUUCCCAGAAGGUGGUAGACUUCAUGUUCAGGCUGACGUCACAGAACGGGCGACCGGUGAAAAGGAGACUGCGGUGGAUAAAUCGUGCAAGUUUACAUCAAACCCCUAUCUGGUCGAGAUCAUAGACACUCCAAAGUACUUUAAACCUGGAAUGCCUUUUACUGUGAAGGUUGUGGUGUCGCUGAAUGAAAAGCCUACCGAGUCCAUAUCUGUGAGAUUAUCCGCCACAGGGAAAAGCUUGAAAGAAGAGAAACGCUUGACCACAUUAGAGGACAAAACGAUUGAGAACGGCGAAGUUGAGUUUACAGUUGAUGCCUGCACCGACUGCCAAACCAUUAAGAUAGAGGUUGAAGCCGUCAAAGAAAAUACCCAACCCGCUCUGGCUAACUUCGUGCUGCAACGAUUCGACGCAGAAAAUGGACCACUGAUUGUAAUUCGUCAUCCCCCGUCAGGAAAGUUGAAGGUCGAUGGCAAGUCUAAUAUUGAAACCUACCGGAAAAAUGAUGACAAAGCUGCCGUUUUUUCGUAUGUGGUGGUUUCAAGGGGAAGGAUUCUUUCUCACCACACCACUGAAGUGCUUGCGGACGGCUUUAAAAGCGAAACAAAAAGCUGGUCCCUUCAAAUCACUCCUGAAAUGUCACCAUCCGCGCGUUUGAUUGUUUACUAUAUUCACAGCAGUGGACGAGUCGUAGCUGACAGCAUUUUGCUUAAAGUUGAGGAAAAACUCCCGACAACGGUUGAGUUUACUUAUGAAGGCAAACACGGAGGUGAAACUCAAAACAAAGUUGAGACACAACCUGCGAAAAAUCAUGUGAUUAAACUCAGGGCCCCUAAAGGAACGCGUCUGGGAAUCCUAGGGGUGGACAAGAGUGUUUAUCUACUGAAAAACGAGAAUAGACUCAACAAAGAGCGGGUUCUUAAGGCCACUAAAGAACUUGAUCUUGGCUGUGGUGUCGGUGGAGGAAAAAAUAACAGAGACAUUUUUAAGAGGGCUGGUGUUGUCAUCAUGACGGAUAACUUUGUUAGCGAUGGAAGAAAUGGCUAUGGCUGCGAUGAAGAUGGUUCUCGAAGAAAACGGAGAUCAUCGGCAGACCCAGUUAUGAAGAUGUGCUGUGAAUGGGGAAGAAAAGCUGGUGGAAAUGUAACUUGCGCGAAACUUUCGUUGGACGCCAACAAAAAUUUGCCUGAUGACUGCAGGGAGGCCUUCUGGACCUGUUGCGUAGAAACGUAUGGCAGAAAUGAUUCCGCCCUGCUUGGAAGAAGUGGUGCACCGAGUGUAGAUGAUGAUGAGCGGUACCUCGCUGAGGAAGGGUAUCAAGUUAGAACCGACUUUCCAGAAACCUGGCUUUGGGAUGAGUGUGUCGUUGGGGAGGAUGGAACUGCAGAAAUAAGAGUCACGACACCCCACACUAUAACCACCUGGGUCAUACAGGCCGUGGCCAUCAAUAACGAAACAGGAUUGGGCCUUGCCUUACCGCUACAGAUUGUUUCAAAGAAAGAUUUUUUUGUUUCUCUCACAAUGCCUUAUUCGGUGAAAAGAGGAGAACAGAUUUCUAUUCUGGCCACAGUUUUCAACUAUAAGAUAAAUAAUGGCAAUCAAUAUCGGGCAAAGGUAUACCUCAGAGGUAACAAAGACUUCUGUUCCACUGCUGACGAUGACAGCCUUGUUUUGAUCGGAAUACUCUACCCUCAACCAAACGAUGCCAGAUCUGUUGCAGUCCCAAUUAUUCCCAAAACAGCUGGAAAAAUAGAAAUCGAAGUCACAUCGAUUCUUGAAAUAAAAGAAGGUAAUAAAGACUUUUGGGAAAAAAGGGAAGUGGAUGCCGUAAAACGAGAGCUUCUUGUUGUGCCAGAAGGAAAGGAAAAUCGUACUUCACGAUCCUUUACACUGGAUCCUAAAGGAAUUCUCAAUGAUGACAGUAAUAAUGGAGGACUCAGUUCUAACACAUCGCCAAGGAACAUUUCAAUUGACUUCGCAAUCCCCCCUAAAGCCAUAAGUGGUUCAACUGGAGCUGUCGUAUACUUGACUGGAAACCUUCUUGGUCCAGUUAUAAACACGACUAUCGAGGGGGGUCUGGAGAAAUUUUUCCGCCAACCUACUGGAUGUGGGGAGCAAACAAUGCUUUUUCUUGCCCCUAACGUGUACGUUCUAGAAUAUCUUAUGAACACCAAACAGAUCAGUGGCGCAAGCGCAGAAAGUGCAUACCGCUUCAUCCAGUCAGGUUAUCAACGUGAAUUAAACUACCGUCGUGACGACAGGUCAUUUAGUGCAUUUGGAAAUGAACGACCAGGAAGCACAUGGUUGACUGCUUUUGUGAUGAAGGUCUUCUGCAAGGCUAAAAAGUUUUUGGGUGAUGAAAUUGAAGAAAAAAUGCUGUGCGAGUCUGUGGGUUGGCUGAUUGAAAACCAACGCAGCGAUGGAGCUUUCCCCGAGGUUCACCAUGUCAUUCAUAGAGAGAUGGUGGGGGGUGUAUACAAUUCAGAGGGAGACGUUGCCAUGACAGCCUUCGUGUUAUCUGCUCUGCUGGAAUGUAAUUGCAAAGCGGUUUCACAGGCGCACUUACUAAGAGCCACAAACUUCUUGGAGAGUCGGUACAAAAACUUGAAUAGACCUUACAGUAUGGCUCUCACGGCUUAUGCUCUGAGCUUGGUUGAUAGCAGAGAAAAAGUCGAUGCUAAUGAUCGACUUCUUCAAAGGUCUCAGUACGAUGAUGUUAAAAAGACUCGGCACUGGAAUACUGGUGGAAAUGCACUUAAUGUAGAGACAGCUGGUUAUGCAUUGAUGACUCAAGUGCUUCUCGGACGCACCGUUUAUGCAGGUCCUAUCGUAACGUAUAUAACAGGCCAGAGGCAGGGCGGUGUCGGAUUUGUAUCUACACAGGAUACAGUGGUAGCUCUCCAAGCUCUUGCAUUGCACAGCGAGAAAACUACAGGAAACAAUAAUUUAGACUUACGAGUUAAAGUAGAGACAGAAAAAGGAGAUGUCAGAGAAUUCCAUCACAUUAACCCAGAAAACGCACUUUUACGGAGGGAAGUCAAGAUUCCAGAGCAAGCUCUUCCCGGCAAGCUCUUCGUGGAGACUAAAGGAAGUGGUGUGGGACUCUUGGAGGUGGAAACUCGUUACAAUCUUCCCUCGUCAAGGGAUGAGAUCUGUAUGUUUGAAUUGAGUAUAAAAGUCGUUGAAAUAAAAGGAGAUGAAAAGGAAGAUCUACUUGGACCCAUGCAAAGCGAUGCCGCGGAGAGAGAACGUCAGGAAGAGGAACAAAACAAACAAGGAGGAGAUAGUAGAAAGAAAGGGAGAGGAUGUAAAAGGAUAAAAAAUCGAAAGAAGAAGAAGCAAUGUAAGAGAAGGGGAAACAACAAAGGUAACCCCAAGAAAGGCAAGAAGCCUCAAUCUCCACCUAAAUACCAGCCAGUCAAGAAUAUCAGAUUGGAAGUCUGCACCAGGUAUAAGAAACCUGGUAAUACUGGAAUGGCCAUCAUGGAUAUUGGAAUCUUAACCGGAUUUAAACCAAAGAACAAAUCACUAGCCAAGUGGAAAACCGACUUGCCCCAACUGGAUAUGAUUGAGGAGUCAGACAGAUCCUUGGUUCUUUAUCUCAGUGAGAUCCCUAGUGACCAUGAGCUGUGCGUAAAUGUUCUGUUUGAAAAAGAGUUUUACGUUGGUGCAGUUCAAUCAGUACCGGUGAAUGUGUAUGACUAUUAUCAACCAGAUCAGUCCUGCAGCGAAUUUUAUGGGCCCGAAAAGUCAAGUCCGUUGAAGUUGGGAGUUUGUGAUAUUGGCUCCUCUUCGUGCAAAUGCACUCAAGAUAAAUGUCCACAGGAUGAUCCCCCGAUUGACAACAUUAACAAGCUGAAAAAUAUUGCCUGCACCAAUUACCAAUACAUCAUAAAAGGAAAGCUCUUGCUGGUCGAUGAGGUAGAAACCAUGCUUGAGUACGUUGUCGAGGUUGUGCAAAUCAUUCAAAAAGGAAACAAGAAACUGAAACUCAGACGUAAAGACGGUAAGAAAACACGGAUAGAGUUUACGAAGCGAGGAACGUGCCGGAGUCUUAAACUUGAGACUAACAAGGAAUACUUGAUCAUGGGUCGAGAUGAAGGAGGCAAGUACGAGCUGGACGAGAAUUCGUUCGUCAAACUGUGGCCUGAAGUCGGCGAGAACAAAGCUAAAUUGGAUAAAUUUGCUCGAGAAUUUAAGCCCUCAAAAUGCUAAAUUAUGAGGAUUGCAUGAUGUAGAGUGAUACUAUGCCAAGCAAGAUAUUAUCUUGAUAUCAAAGUAGAGUAAAAAUUUUAUUUGUUUCUUUCCUACUUUUAAAGAUGAUUUAUUUUUCUUUUUUUUUUGUUAUUUGCAUGCUGCUUUAACCUUUAUGGUCAGCCACAACGUAGCAUGCAAAGGGAAACUUGGACCACGUUCGUUUAUAAUGGACGAGCUCAGUUAAGGUUUGCGCAUUUUGAAAUACACAAGCUUAAAUUUUCCCAUUGCAACACUGAUCUGUAAUUGGCGUUCAACAGGCUUAACUUUCCCAUCCUCCUGUAUUUGAUGGUAGCUACCAGGUUGGAUUAUCUCUUCCUGAGCAAACCCUAAUGUUAGUCUGCUCUGUCAGAAUUAAAGGCACUUUUUGACGUUUUUUUAGGAUUCAUUUAUAGGCUGAGUAUUUUACAGAAACUGUUGUAGUCUAAAUUACCUUCUAUGGGAUUCCUGACAAAUGCUUCCUCGGCCAUUCUAUGUUUUCUUUGUGCUUAAUGAGGAAGCGUUUCAGUUUCCACCCCAUCUAGCAAUCACGUUCUUUUUUCUGAGGUUCGCGUUGAAGGCAGACUGCUGACCAGUGUGCAUUUUGCGACAGAUUGCUGAGUUUCCUUCUAAGUCAGCUUCGCUGUUUUGGGGCUGUGAAAGGUUAAUUCUGGAGUUAAAGAAGAAGCAUCGGUAGAUGAAAAAUGGAAGCAUUAACUUUUAAAAAGUAUCUUCAUAGCCUAAUUAUGCCGCACAGUAUUUUGCAAAUGAAAUAAACGCCAAGUUUUAAUGA